CCUGUGAGAGACGCAUGCGCAGGAGGGGGGAAGCUUGGGCAAGAUGGCGGCGGAUGCUGCGGUUGCUAUGAAGCCAGGGAGUGGUAGGCCGUGAGAUACAGCGCACAGGAUGCACUGAUGUGAGGUCAGUCGGGGACACGGCGGCGCCUGCGCUCGGACAAUGAGGAUCCCGCUGAACCUCAGACCCACGAUGCCCCAGGUGUGUGAGUCCCGGCUUGCCCGGGGCAGAGAGCUCUCGACGGUCGGCGCGCAGCCCAAGGGCGUCGGCAAAGCUUUAAGCUCCCACCGUACGGUGAGCACGGAACGCCAGAGCUCCGCCUACGCCACCACCCUCUACAGCAAUGGAGUUCCAUCCACCCCCAAGAUGCGCCCGUUACCCCCCAGGCCGGCACCGGCGGAUGAGAAGGGGAAGGUGGAUCGGGGGCGCAGUUCGCAGUGGGCAGAAUCUUCCCGCCCUUCCUCCGGCAAGCGAGGGCCAAUAAAGGGCGACCACUUGCUCCGAGUAACCAAUUCCGCCAAGGGGACGGCCCCGCCACCGGGGGGCAGAGCGGGCAGUCUGUCUCGCUCCAAGUCUGUCAGCCACGGAGACCUCAGUGCCACCCGGGAGAAGCCGGAGGAGGUGGCUAAAAGCCUGGCGCGGGUGAGUUUGCGGGAGCGCAGCGCCUCCUCCACCCGGAAGCCAUUGCUGGACACCUCCCUCCUCAAGAGAAGCUCCUCCCUGAAGCGGCUCCACGUGCUGCCGGUUUUAGAGUCGCAGCAGAAACUCGACUCCUCGCGCUCUUCCCAGCUCGGCGCUUCUACCAAGGCUUCCGCCAGCGAGCAGCACGAGGGGGACGGGCGCUACCAGCUGGGCAGGGCAUCCCACACCUCCGCCAGCGACGGCCCCGUCUGUAAUGGCAUCAAGGCCCAGGAUCGGGCCCUGUCUGUCACCUCUCCUCCCCCCCGGCUUCCUGCCCUCGGCUCGGGUCACGUCGGCCUGCGGAAUUUAGGGAAUACGUGUUUCAUGAACGCCGUGCUGCAGUGUCUGAGCAGUACCAAGCCCUUACGGGACUACAUUCUGCGCCAGGAAUACCGACAGGAACAGCCAGGAAGCUGCAAGGCACAGCAGGAGCUCACCGAAGCCUUCGCUGAUGUCAUUGCGUCCCUGUGGAGCCCCGACCCCCCUGACGCUGCAAACCCGGCGCGGUUAAAGGCAGUCUUCCAGAAAUAUGUGCCAUCUUUCACCGGCUACAGCCAACAAGAUGCUCAGGAAUUCCUCAAAUUCUUUAUGGAUCGGAUUCACGUGGAAAUCAAUCGGAAGGGCAGGAAAACUCCCAGCAUUCUGUCUGACGCCAAGCGCCCCGCAGCACUGGAACAUCAGGAUUCUCUCAGCGAUGAUGAACGAGCCAAUCAGAUGUGGAAGCGUUACCUGGAGAGAGAAGACAGCAAAAUAGUGGAUCUGUUCGUGGGCCAGUUAAAGAGUUGCCUUAAGUGCCAGGCUUGUGGCUACCGCUCCCCCACGUUUGAAGUCUUCUGCGACCUGUCUCUGCCCAUCCCUAAGAAGGGGUUUGCGGGGGGCAGGGUCUCGCUGCUCGAUUGCUUCAGCCUUUUCACGAAGGAAGAGGAGCUGAACUCCGAGAAUGCCCCAAUCUGUGAUCGCUGCCGGCAGAGGACGAGGAGCACGAAGAAGCUCACCAUACAGCGCUUCCCCCGAAUCCUUGUCCUGCAUCUCAACAGAUUCUCCACCACUCGCUUCUCCAUAAAGAAAUGUUCUGUCUCCGUCGACUUCCCCCUGCACCGACUCCACUUGAAGGAGUUUGCCAGCGAGAAGUCUGGAAACCCCACGUACAACCUCUACGCCUUGUGCAACCACUCAGGCAGCGUGCACUACGGGCACUACACCGCCUACUGCAGAACCCAGUCCAGCUGGUACGCCUACAACGACUCCCGGGUGUCUCCCAUCAACGAGAGUCAGGUCCAGUCUAACGAGGGCUACGUUCUCUUCUAUGAGCUUGACGACACCUGUUGGAAGCCAUGACACUUCAUCAGGAGGCGGAGCUUGGUGAGGGGGGCGUGGUGUUUCAGAUGGAAAGACCCACUUGCAGGGGGACCUUCUCUGCAGCAGGACCGGGGCCAAUGGACCAGAGUGGGGGGGGGUAGAAACUUAAGCAAUAAACUGCAACUGACAGACUGCACCCUGAUCAUGUGACCAUUCCAGACUCCAUCGCCCUCUCCUUGCUUUUGUGACAUCCCGCGGUCAAUGUGAACUGUCUCUUAGCGACUGCCCAACGCACUUUUGGUUUCCCUGGAGGGGGGUAUUUAUGUCUCCCGGCUAAACUAGCGCUAAACGGGCGACGUUGCUGAACUACAACUCCCAGCUGGCGUUAUAUGCGAAAGAAUUCUGGGACUUGUAGUCCAGCAACAUCCAAGGACUCAAGCCUAAGGGAUAGGGUUGUAGAUAUGGCUAGCUUACUGCCCUAAUGGUGGCCAUACACUGUCCCUAGGGCUAGCUUUCUGCCCUAAUGGUGGCCAUACAGUGUCCCUAGGGCUAGCUUACUGCCCUAAUGGUGGCCAUACACUGUCCCUAGGGCUAGCUUACUGCCCUAAUGGUGGCCAUACAGUGUCCCUAGGGCUAGCUUUCUGCCCUAAUGGUGGCCAUACAGUGUCCCUAGGGCUAGCUUACUGCCCUAAUGGUGGCCAUACAGUGUCCCUAGGGCUAGCUUACUGCCCUAAUGGUGGCCAUACAGUGUCCCUAGGGCUAGCUUACUGCCCUAAUGGUGGCCAUACAGUGUCCCUAGGGCUAGCUUUCUGCCCUAAUGGUGGCCAUACAGUGUCCCUAGGGCUAGCUUACUGCCCUAAUGGUGGCCAUACAGUGUCCCUAGGGCUAGCUUACUGCCCUAAUGGUGGCCAUACAGUGUCCCUAGGGCUAGCUUUCUGCCCUAAUGGUGGCCAUACAGUGUCCCUAGGGCUAGCUUUCUGCCCUAAUGGUGGCCAUACAGUGUCCCUAGGGCUAGCUUACUGCCCUAAUGGUGGCCAUACACUGUCCCUAGGGCUAGCUUACUGCCCUAAUGGUGGCCAUACAGUGUCCCUAGGGCUAGCUUACUGCCCUAAUGGUGGCUAUACAGUGUCCCUAGGGCUAGCUUACUGCCCUAAUGGUGGCCAUACAGUGUCCCUAGGGCUAGCUUACUGCCCUAAUGGUGGCUAUACAGUGUCCCUAGGGCUAGCUUACUGCCCUAAUGGUGGCCCUACACUGUCCCUAGGGCUAGCUUACUGCCCUAAUGGUGGCCCUACACUGUCCCUAGGGCUAGCUUACUGCCCUAAUGGUGGCCCUACACUGUCCCUAGGGCUAGCUUACUGCCCUAAUGGUGGCCCUACACUGUCCCUAGGGCUAGCUUACUGCCCUAAUGGUGGCCCUACACUGUCCCUAGGGCUAGCUUUCUGCCCUAAUGGUGGCCCUACACUGUCCCUAGGGCUAGCUUACUGCCCUAAUGGUGGCCAUACACUGUCCCUAGGGCUAGCUUACUGCCCUAAUGGUGGCCAUACACUGUCCCUAGGGCUAGCUUACUGCCCUAAUGGUGGCUAUACAGUGUCCCUAGGGCUAGCUUACUGCCCUAAUGGUGGCCAUACAGUGUCCCUAGGGCUAGCUUUCUGCCCUAAUGGUGGCCAUACAGUGUCCCUAGGGCUAGCUUACUGCCCUAAUGGCCAUACAGUGUCCCUAGGGCUAGCUUACUGCCCUAAUGGUGGCCAUACAGUGUUCCUAGGAUUCCAUCACGAUCCAAUCUUGGCCCAGGGAUCAAACAGGUUUUUCCACAAUUUGGCCCCCAACAUAUUGCACCCAAUUGGUUUGAGCAGUUGGCCCCGGGGCCAAUGAUGGGGAAUCAUAACUGGAGCCUAGGGAGACCCAGUGGGAAAGGACCCCACCUCCACGUGCGGAUAUCAGUCUCCAUUAGACCCGCGUGGGCAGUUCCAGCGGAAGUCCGUCCCCCGAGGAAUCGGCACCGCCACUCAUUAACUGAAAUGUUUGAAUUUGACUUUUAUUUUGUAAGGUUUGUCUGUACAUAAGGUGUUAGCGCAUCGACCUGUCACAUUUGUAAAUACCAGAUACCGGAAUUCUAUAUAUAUUGACUUUUAACAGUAAAUUUACUACAAAAAU